GAAAAUUGACCCGAAUCCGAAUGCCAUGAAAAGAAUCUCCCGGUGGGAAUGGCCCGACAGUGCACGAUAGCCAUUACGGAGGCAGGUAGAGCGCUCGCCCCCUCUUGCCCCCUUAACCUGUGCCCGCCACCGCGCUCCGCCGCGUCUGGCGCCGUCGCGAUCAUGAACCACCGUCAAGGCCUCACCACCAUAACAUCAGCUGAUCUAGACGCCGUUUUCAACCAGAAACGGGCCGUCCGGUCUAGAGUACGGAAGGAGCUCAAGAACAUGGACCCUACCCUCAGAUCGCAGGAAGACCGUGCAAUUCAAAAUAUUGUUCUGGAGGCUCCAUGGUUCAAGUCCUGCAAAAGAUUGUGUGCUUAUAUAAGCUGUAGUGCUUUACGAGAAGUUGACACAACUAAUAUUCUGUCAGAAAUUCUAAAGAAUCCAGCAAAAGAUGGCCAUUCAUUGAUGGGAAAGAAACUUUAUGUUCCACGGGUGGAGGACAAAAAUAGAAACAUGCGGAUGCUUAACAUUUCAAGUAUGGAUGAUUUGAUUGCAAAUGCAAUGAACAUUCUGGAACCAGUUCCAGUGGAUGCUGAGGGUAAUCAAUGCGAAGAUGUUAUGCUAGCAAAUGAGCCGGUCGAUUUACUUCUAUUACCUGGGCUUGCAUUUGACAGAUCAGGACUGCGCUUGGGGCGUGGCGGAGGUUACUAUGACACCUUCCUGAUGAGAUACCAAGAGCUUGCAAAGGAGCGGAACUGGAAGCAACCUCUCCGUGUGGCACUGUCAUAUUCGCUUCAAAUUAUGGACGAGGGAGUCAUACCGGUGACUCCGAAUGAUGUCCCUGUCGAUGCCCUCGUCACCUCAACUGGCGUGAUCCCUAUUAGCCCUGCUGCCAUGGGUUGGUGUCACUGAGGUUUUCUGCUUCGCUGGUUCUUCCUAAUGCUGGUAAACAUUUUUUCUUUCAUAUCAAGCCACUAGCAUGUGGAAAAACAACAUAUAUGCCUCAGAAGUCGUGGCAUGGCCUGCUUGCAACCAUUCAAAAGUAUUCUUUCUUGUCUCCGCAUCAAAGGAUUUGUUGAAUUUACGAGGACAGAGAAAAUUGUACCAUGCUAUUGGAAGCUGUGAUUGUAAGUUGACAAGCCUUUGCUAGAUCAAGAAAUGGCCACAUCUGGGCAGUAUUUCUUCAAUAA